CAAUACCACUUUAAUUUCACCGGUAAUUCUUGAAGGGAGGGGUUCGGGUGAGGAGGAAAGCCGUACCGGACUGCAAUUGUUCUUAUCCUCUCACUUAUGGAACAUAAAUCGUCAAUGGCGAACGGCGGUAAGCCGAUCCGGUGCAGAGCGGCGGUGUGCCAGAAGGCUGGGGAGGCGCUGGUGAUGGAGGAGAUAUUGGUAGCUCCGCCGAUGGCCUAUGAGGUUCGGAUACGGAUCAUUUGCACUUCUCUCUGUCACACCGAUGUCAAAUACUGGAAGAUGAAGGAUCCUCCGGGGAUUGUUCCAAGAAUUUUGGGCCACGAAGCUGUUGGAGAGGUUGAGAGUGUAGGAGACCAAGUGAGUGAAGUAAAGCAAGGAGAUAUUGUGAUCCCAACGUUCCUGGCUGAGUGUGGAGAGUGUAGAGAUUGUGCAUCAAAUAAGAGCAAUAUUUGCUCUGAACAUCCUUACAAACUCUCUCAAGGAAUGCCUCGAUGUGGGACGAGUAGGUUCACUGAUCUUAGUGGAGAGGUUUUGCAUCAUUUUAUGUUUGUGUCAAGUUUCAGCGAGUACACUGUGGUGGAUGUUACUCACCUCAUUAAGCUUGAUCCUAUUCUCAUCUCUCCCGACAAGGCAUGCCUCCUUGGCUGUGGCGUAUCGACAGGGGUGGGUGCUGCUUGGAGAACAGCAAAUGUGGAAAAGGGAUCUACUGUUGCCAUUUUUGGACUGGGGACCGUAGGCUUAGCAGUUGCUCAAGGAGCAAGAAUAUGUGGAGCAGCAAGGAUUAUUGGGAUCGAUAUCAACCCGGAUAAAUUAACAAUGGCAAAAGAGUGUGGAGUCACAGAGUUCGUUAAUUCUAGAAGCAUUGGGGAUAAAUCUGUGAGCCAGGUAAUUAUUGAGAUGACGGAUGGCGGUGCAGACUAUUGCUUUGAAUGCGUUGGACUAAGUUCCUUAAUCAAGGAAGCAUUUGCAUGCUGCAGAAAGGGUCGGGGGAAAACAAUUUUAUUUGGUGUGGAGGACUCAGUUUCAGUUUUGGGUCUCAAAUCUAUAGAUGUUAUUUCUCAAGGGAAAACGGUGAUAGGAUGCAUAUAUGGUGGACUGAAGCCCAAAUCAGACAUUCCCACACUCAUUCAAUGGUACCUAGAUAAGAAACUACAAUUGGAUUUAUUUAUCUCACACGAGGUUGGCUUUGAAGAAAUCAACAAAGCUUUCAAUUUGCUAAGUGAAGGGCAAUGCCUUAGGUGUGUGAUCUGGAUGACCAAAUGAAGCAACCUCCUGCCUUGUUACUCAAGCAACUUCCACUCUUACAAUCCCCAUUUGUAUUAAAGUUUAAUGUUUCUUUAGAACACUUCAAAUGCACUAGAAGCCCCAAUGAGAUAUAUGUAAGUACAAAUCUUUUCAUAUCCAAGUCUCAACUGUAAAAUCUAGAAUGUGUGGCUGAGGGUGCAUGUGUUGGGUUAAGUGAUAUGUGGCUGAAGGUUUGGCCUUCUUUUUUUAAUGGAAAGAAAAGAAAGUCAAACGUA